UUUAAGAAAGGCACAGCUGUAAUCUGAAGCCGGCUGGCUGUUGGACUUGGAGGCUGGGGAAAAAAAAAAGGCUAAUGUACUUGUUAGAACAAACCCCUCAGCGUGUGCAGGCUUGGUCUGACCAAAGUUGAGAGCGAGACCGGCAGGAUCCCCAGGCCCCGUGAUGAAGACCCUAACGGUAGUCCUGUGGGCUGUAGUCUUCGUGGGCUAUAGCAACUCCCAGAAUACAGCAGAGACUGAGGAGCCUCUGCCAGGGCCCGAUGCCACCGGGGCCACUGUGGUGGAGGAAGAGGACCCUUUCUUCAAAAUCCCUGUCAACAAGUUGGCAGCGGCUGUCUCCAACUUUGGCUAUGACCUCUACCGCCAAAAAUCCAGCGAGAGUCCCACCACCAACGUGCUUUUGUCUCCAUUGAGUGUGGCCACGGCUCUGUCCGCCCUCUCCCUGGGUGCUGACCAGAGGACUGAAUCCACCAUUCACCGUGCCCUCUACUAUGACCUGAUUACCAACCCAGACAUUCAUGCCACCUACAAGGAGCUCCUGGCCUUGGUCACUGCCUCUCAGAAGAACUUCAAAAGCGCCUCCCGGAUUGUCCUGGAGAGAAAGCUGCGGAUAAAAUCUGGGUUUGUCACGCCGCUGGAAAAGUCUUACGGGACGAGGCCAAGGAUCCUGACGGGUAACUCUCGGAUCGAUCUGCAGGAGAUGAACAACUGGGUUCAGGCCCAGACGAAGGGGAAAAUCUCCAGGUCUUCGAAAGAUCUGCCCAGUGACAUCAGCAUCCUCCUCUUCUCUGUGGCUCACUUCAAAGGGCAGUGGGUGACAAGGUUUGACACCAGAAAGACUUCGCUGCAGGAUUUCCACUUGGAUGAAGACAGGACCGUCAGGGUCCCCAUGAUGUCCGACCCCAAGGCUCUCCUCCGCUAUGGCCUGGACUCCGACCUCAACUGCAAGAUAGCCCAGUUGCCCUUGAGUGGGAGCAUGACUAUCAUUUUCUUCUUGCCCGUGAAAGUGACCCAGAACUUGACCCUGAUUGAGGAGAGUCUCACCUCUGAGUUUGUCCAUGAUAUUGAUAGGGAGCUGAAAACCAUCCAGGCUGUGCUGACUGUGCCCAAGAUUAAGCUGACCUAUGAUGGUGAAGUCUCUGAAACUCUGAAGCAGCUGAAGCUCCAGUCUUUGUUUGAGACCCCGGAUUUCAGCAAGAUCACCGGCAAAGCCAUCAAGCUCACACAGGUGGAGCACCGGUCAGCCUUCGAGUGGAAUGAGGAAGGGGCGGCAACGGCGCCCAGCCCCAGCCUCCAACCUGCCCGCCUCACUUUCCCUCUGGACUACCACCUCAACAAGCCUUUCAUCUUUGUUCUCCGGGACACAGACACGGGGGCCCUUCUCUUCAUUGGCAAAGUCUUGGACCCCAGGGGCCCCUAAGUGGCCCAGGCCAAAGAGAGUGACCCUGUGGGCUCAACCCGUGAUCUUCCCACAUGUGGGCUGCAAUAAAGGUGGUCAUGUGAACCUCUGAAAA